UCAUCAUGCCCCAGUCUUUAAAGUGUUACUUGCUCACUGAGGAAGAUCACCUGGAUGUACCUGAAAUGGAAAUUGAGCCGAUUUCCUCAGAUGAGGAGCUUGAAGAAGAUUCCUCCUCCAAUUCAUCUUUUCACUUUUCCUUCCCCUCCACCUCCUCACCCUCUGUCUCCUCUCUUUCAUCCUUUUCUAUGAUGGCAGACCCCUUGGAGGAGGAAGAGGCGGAAGAGAUGCCUUCUGCUAGUAUGAUGAGUAGUCUCCCGAGCCUUCCUCAGAGUUUUCCAAGCAGCUGCUCUUCCUCUACUUCAUGGAGGAAGUUAGAGGAAGAUUUCUUUAGCCAAGAAGACGAGGAUACUGCACCCUUGAUCAAAGAUGGGCUAGAUAAGAAGGUGGCUGAGAUAGUGCAGUUUUUCCUCCUCAAAUACCAAGCAAAAGAGCUUAUCUCAGAAGCAGAAAUGUUGGGUAUUGUCACUGAGUACAAAGGUCACUUUCCUAUGCUCCUUGGGAAAGCUCGUGAGUUCACAGAGCUGGUUUUUGGCAUUUUUGUGAGGGAAUUGGGUCCCAAUAACUAUACCUAUAUGUCUUAUGACACGAUAGAUAUCACCUUCCAUGGAAUGCUGGGUUGUGACCAGACAGCACCCAAGACCAGCCUAUUGUUAAUUGUCCUAGGGAUGAUUUUCAUAGAGGGCGAUUGCAUGCCUGAGGAGAAGGUUUGGGAAGUGCUGAAUGCAUUGGAUGUGUAUGCUGAAAAGGAGCAUUUCCUGUAUGGUGACCCCAGGAUGCUCAUCACCAAUGAUUGGGUGCAACAAGGAUACCUGGUGUACCAGCAGUUGCCCGAUAGUGAUCCUAAAUGCUAUGAAUUCCAGUGGGGUCCAAGAGCCCAUGCUGAGGUCAGUGAGGAAAAAAUCCUGGAGCUUUUGGCCAAGCUAAAGGAUACCAUCCUUAGUUCAUUUCCAGCCUGGUACAAGGAUGGAUUGAAAAAUGUGGGAAAGCCUAGAAUGUAAUUGAUGCAGCGUUUGGUGCUACAGUCGUGACCAGCACAAGCUCUAAUGUCAUGGGUAGCACCAUUUCUGGAGGUCUGAGGCCAAUUUUCCAUUGUUCAUCUGAAAUAAGUAGCUGAGUUUUUAACUAGUGCC